AUGAUUGUAGAUAAAUUCAUAUUCAACUAAGGCUUUCCCAAAUAAAAGUUUUGCAAUUCUGUGGUUGUUUUAAGUCCUCCUAAAAAUUUAGAAUAUCUAAUUGCGUAUUCAGUCGAUACCAUUUAUGUUUACAAAUAUGAUUACUUUUAACCUUAAAGUUUUUUUAAGCUAGAUUAAAUUUAUUAGCUUCAAAAUGGAAAUGGAAUGAAUCCUAUUACAAUUGCAUUAAUUUAUGCUAAAGGUUAGUAAAUUUAUGUUUCAUACGCCAAAGGAAUAAAUAUAUUCCUCCUUGAUUACUCUUAAAACUUCAAAUAAUUAAACAGCUAACAAGACUAUACAUCAAAUGAAUAUUAAAUGAUAUUUUUCAACAUUUUGUAUGAAUAUAACAGAGUAAUAAUGACUUUAAAAGAUGGUACAGUAUCUCUAUUCGACUUAUAAUUAUCCUUGAUUAGAAAAGGAUAAAUGAAAGAUUAUUUCAUGACAGCAGCUUGGAAUAUUAAAGAUGAUCUAUUUGUUGGUUUAGUUUAUCCCCAAGACCUAGAUAAUUAAAAUAAUUUACCUAGUCGUAUUAUCUUCUGGGAUGGAGCAUUAAAUAAAUUUGAAUAAAGUAUUUAAACUUUAGAUUUCCUAUUUCUUUAUUACAUAAAUUAAUCAUUUUCUUAUUCUGAAUUUUACUAGUUAAAUCCAGAAGACAAAAACGACACUUAAGUUGUAUAUACUUCUCAUUGGGACUCUAAUUUAGAGUUUUAUAUUAUGCAUGAUUAGCUAUCUGAUGAGUUAUUGGUAGGAAAUUUGAAAAAUAAUGCAUAAAUCAAUUAAAAUUUUAAGAAUUUUAACAAAUUAAUUGAAUUUUAAAAGGAUGAACUUUUAUAAUAAGUAUUUUUUGCAAAGUAAGAAGCUUAUAUUGUUAUUCAUACUAACUAACAAUUUUUUGUUCAAAGCAUUUGUAAUUGGUCAAUUAUUUAUGAACAUAAUCAGAGUCCUUUCGUAUAAAUAGUAUAAUCUGAUAAAAAUGAUGGAAUCAUAGCUGGUUUCACACAAUAAAGCUAAAUUAUUGUAUGGAAUUUAUAUAAGGAUAUUAAACAGACUUAUUAAGCAAAAUCUAAUGAUUUAUAAUAAAUAUUAUACUUACAAGAUCUGAUUUUAGUUACUUUAUAAUCAAAAGGAAGUUUUAUUAUCUGUGAUUUUAAUUAGAAAGCAGAUAUUUAACUGGAAUGUGUGGAAAGUAUAGGAUUUAAUGAUUCUUAAAUUACUUAAUUAAAAAUGGACUAUCAAUUAAGAUAUAUAUUCAGCUUAUCUAUGGAUAAAAUAGUUAUAUAAAAUAUUAAUCAAGAUUUAUUUUCAAGUUUAAUCAAUUAAAUUAUGAAUAUUGAUUAAUAUUUUAAAAUGUUAAUUGAUGAAAUGAACUAAAGACUUUUUUUAAGAUCUCUAAAGCAAAUAAUUGCAUACACUUACUAAGGUUUAUUAAUUUAGCAAAUUACCGAGUCAUAAAACGAAAACUUAAUUAUUGAUUUCCUUUUAGGUGAUAAUGUAUUCUUGUAUUAUACUGAAGAAGGUAUUUAUAUUUUUGAUAGAUACUCAUUAAUAUUACUAGCUAUAUAGAAUACAGAUGCUACAAUUCUUUAAAUAAUAAUCAUGGAAAAUUUAAAUGAGAUUGCUUAUAUUACUAACUAAAGAAAUAUUGGGUCAGUUCAUUUAUAUUCGUUUGAAACGUUCACUUCAACAAGAUCUAAGAUUUAGAUUUUAAGCUAAAGAGCAUCAUAUAUGUAUUACGAUGAGCAAAAUAUGUACUUGAUUACUGUAAAUGAAGUAGGAGAUAUUACAAUUUGGGAAAUGAGUCCUUCUUCCUAAUUGACUUCUUACAAGUAGUACUUAACAAAUAAGUCUCUUAAGUUGAAUAUCAGUUAUAUAAAUAUAGUAUUAGAUAAUCAGAAUAACUAUUUCUUAUCAUAUAAUGACAAUGCUUUAGUCUUAUGGGAGUAUUCUCAUUACAUAACAAAAUCAGGAGAAUAUGAAACACUUCCAAUUAAAUUUUAAAUACCUCAUAUUUAUGAUUCAGAUAAAAAUUCUUUGUUAAUUUUUGAUGAAAAUUAAAAUUUAUUUAUGUAUGGCAAUAACUAAUAUUAAUACAUAAAAGAAUUUUAAACUGAUUUAAGAGGAAUAUUUAAACUUAACGGAUUAGCUACAUAAUCAAGUAAUGAAUACUAUUUUGCUUAUGAUUUUUAUAAUUCUUACAUUUUAAAUGAUAGCUUUAAUAUAAUAAAUACUAAAUAAAACACUUUUACUUCACUAUGCAGGCUCUACAAUAAACUUGUUAUAAAUAAUAUAUGA